AUGGUUGCCAUCAAGAAUAUCGCUGUCGCAGCCCUCGUGGCCGGCCUCGCCGACCAGGCGCUCGCCAUGCCCAUUUCCGGAUCUGCCUACGAAACGAGAGACCUCCAGGCGCGCAGGCCGUUCGACGAGAGCUCGCUCGCCAAGUUCUUCAUCGGGUACCGCAAGCUCUUCCGCGCCAGCCACGGAAUCCACGACAACAAGCAGGCCAAGAAGACUCACCACCCCAAGGCCAAGGCAGCCCACACCGAGACGCACGCUGAGGACCACCACGCCGAGGCCGACAAGGCGUCUGCCUCUGCCUCUACUGCCCCGGAGCCCGCUCCCGAGCCCGCCGCUGCUGAGGAGACUCCCGCCGAGGAGGCACCCGCCGCGGAGGCUGCCCCCGAGGAACUUCGCGACUAUGAGAUGGACCUGGAGGAGCGAGACAUGGAGGAGCGGUCGUACUUCGAGGAUUUGGAGGAGCGAGAGAUUGAGUUCGAUGAGCGGGAUAUCGAGGAGCUCCUCUAUGCCCGCUACCUCGCGAGCAUGGAGGAGAGUGAGGAGUAA